AUGGCACUGUUAGAUAUCAUCCCACUUUUCAUCAACCAUACUGAUUCUAUUCUCGGAGUCAUUUUGAUAUCCGUAGCGAUUCUUCUAUUUCAGUAUGGGAUUAAAAGUCGCCGACCAAAGAAUUUCCCACCUGGUCCUAAAGGGCUUCCCAUCAUAGGCAAUCUUCAUCAACUGCCUAUCCGAAAAGGGUUUCUGCGACAAGCCGAAUGGGCCAAAGAUUAUGGAUCCAUCGUUGGAUUCAAAAUUGGACCUCAAAAUGCCGUGGUUCUGAAUAGCUACCGCCAUGUAAAAGAGUUGUUCGACAAGCGUGGAGCAAUAUAUUCCAGCCGCCCACAUCUUUACGCUCCUAACAAGCUCAUAUGCCCAGACAAUUUGCACAUCCUACUAGCCCAGUACGGACCAACAUGGAAAGCAAUGAGAAAGGCCUUUAUGGGCAUACUGAAUGUAAAUGCUACCGACGCGUUACUUCCAAUACAGCUCGCCGAGUCCACACAAACAAUGUGUGAUCUGCUUGAUGAUCCAGAGGGCUACUACGACCACAUCCGACGGUAUUCUACUUCUGUAAUUUUAACGACAGUAUAUGGCCAGCGAGGGGAGAGCUUCAAGUCCCACAAAGUGCAGGCCCUGUAUCAUGCACAGGAUCGCUUCACUCGGAUCUUGGAGCCUGGGGCCAUACCUCCCAUUGAUGCGUUUCCAUUCUUGAGGACACUGCCUGAGUUUCUAAGCCCUUGGAAGAAGGAGUCUAAAGAGAUCCGACAGGAACAGUCUUCUCUCUACCUCGGCCUCAUGGAAGAGACAAAACAACGACGCGGUAAGCAUGAUUCAGAGCCUUGCUUGAUCGAGAAACUCCUCGAUGAUCAAGAGAACAACGGUCUUAGUGAUGGACAGAUUGCUUAUGUAGGAGGUACCUCGAUGGAAGCUGCGUCUGACACUACUUCGUCAGUCUUACUUACCUUUAUCCUUACCAUGACUAAAUACCCAGAGAUCUUUGUAAAGAUGCAAGCAGAAUUAGACCGUGUUUGUGGUAGUGAUAGAUCGCCAAACUUUGAUGACCUGGACCAAUUGGAAUACGUGCGGGCAUGCAUGACCGAGCUAUUUCGAUGGCGUCCAGUUAUUCCUGGGGGUAUUCCUCAUAUGUUAACCCAGGAUGACAGCUACGAAGGCUACGUGUUACCCAAAGGCACGAUCUUCUUCUUGAAUGCAUGGGCCAUCCACAUGGACGAAAACGAAUAUGAAGAGCCAGAACAAUUUAUCCCCGAGCGCUUCAUAGGCAAUAAAUUUGGCUGCAAGAGUCAGGAUGACUCAGAUGAUAAACGCAGGGUGACCUAUGGUUUUGGAGCGGGUCGGCGUGUCUGUGCUGGCCAGCGCUUAGCUGAAAACUCCGUGGUAUGA